CGGAUCUUUCGCCAAUACCCCUGCUGUUAUUCGUGUCGACGAUGCGAGUCUUGAUUCGACUGUGUCGUUAUCUUUUCUGCAUGAUUGUAAUGUACUGAUCAGCUGAGAACUGUUGCCGAUUCGGCAACAGUUCUCAGUACAUUAAACAAUGCCGAUCAUCACAGAGUGGCCCACUUUUGGGCCGGUGCGCGUUCCUACCAUGGAUAGUUGGUACAAUUCCCAACAGACCUUUCGACCUGUCCAUCUAAGUGGAUGCGAUGUUGAGCUCGGUCGUGAUUGGCUCGCGUCUGUGAAUGCGAAGUACGAUGGGUAUCGGCUCCAAAGGCCUUCAGAAGCAGACUUUGGUCGACUUUCUGGUGGUCAUGGUUGGAAUUUUCAGCCUGAAGAUAAUCUCUGCUCUCCGUCGUCUUCUGUUGUUACAGACCGAGAAAAAGUUUCGCCGUCUAAUGAUCAAUCGCGUGCUGCUGAGCUGCAAGCUAACUUUGGGAGUGUCGUAGUUACUGAUGUUGAUGGAAAUGUGUCUGCGAAUGAGUUGCGUGCCGCAGCAAUCCGUCAUAUCAAGAACAAGGGCGGUGGAUAUGUCCAGCUCCCUCACGAUCUACCUGUAACACUUGCAAUCGAUUCACUUUACGGCUCAAAAAAGCGACCGUAGCGGGCUGCCGCGAGCAGCCUUUCGCGUUAUCUUUUUAGAGGUGUACGGCAAGAGGUGUGCAAAACAUACACCCAGAGAAACUUCAGAGCCCCCCCCCCCUACUGUCACGGUGUGACG